AUGCACGCCACAGGCCCUGCCGCAGCAUGCACGCCACAGGUCCUGCCGCAGCAUGCACGCCACAGGCCCUGCCACAGCAACCACGCCACAGGCCCUGCCACAGCAACCACGCCACAGACCCUGCCACAGCAACCACGCCACAGACCCUGCCACAGCAACCACGCCACAGACCCUACCACAGCAACCACGCCACAGACCCAGCCACAGCAACCACGCCACAGGCCCUGCCACAGCAACCACGCCACAGACCCAGCCACAGCAACCACGCCACAGGCCCUGCCACAGCAACCACGCCACAGGCCCUGCCACAGCAACCACGCCAUAGACCCUGCCACAGCAACCACGCCACAGGCCCUGCCACAGCAACCACGCCACAGACCCUACCACAGCAACCACGCCACAGGCCCUGCCACAGCAACCACGCCACAGACCCAGCCACAGCAACCACGCCACAGACCCUGCCACAGCAACCACGCCACAGACCCUGCCACAGCAACCACGCCACAGACCCUGCCACAGCAACCACGCCACAGACCCUGCCACUGCAACCACGCCACAGACCCUACCACAGCAACCACGCCACAGACCCUGCCACAGCAACCACGCCACAGACCCUGCCACAGCAACCACGCCACAGACCCUACCACAGCAACCACGCCACAGACCCUACCACAGCAACCACGCCACAGACCCUACCACAGCAACCACGCCACAGACCCAGUCACAGCAACCACGCCACAGGCCCUGCCACAGCAACCACGCCACAGACCCUACCACAGACCCAGCCACAGCAACCACGCCACAGACCCAGCCACAGCAACCACGCCACAGGCCCUGCCACAGCAACCACGCCACAGACCCUACCACAGCCACCACGCCACAGACCCUACCACAGCAACCACGCCACAGACCCAGCCACAGCAACCACGCCGCAGGCCCUGCCACAGCAACCACGCCACAGACCCUACCACAGCAACCACGCCACAGACCCUACCACAGCAACCACGCCACAGACCCAGUCACAGCAACCACGCCACAGGCUCUGCCACAGCAACCACGCCACAGAGCCUGCCACAGCAACCACGCCACAGACCCUGCCGCAGCAAGCACACCACAGGCCCUGCCACAGCAACCACGCCACAGACCCUGCCACAGCAACCACGCCACAGGCCCUGCCACAGCAACCACGCCACAGACCCUACCACAGCCACCACGCCACAGACCCUGCCACAGCAACCACAGCCACCACGCCACAGACCCUACCACAGCAACCACGCCACAGACCCUGCCGUGCGCCAGGGUUGUCUCAUCAGGUAA